CUGCCGGUACAGCUCAACCCUCCUCACUUUGCUCAGCUGGAGGACUGGGACUGGGUCUUCAUUGGGAGUCCAGGAUCAGGGACCAUGAGGAGGCUGGUGGGGGUCUUCAACUCCAUCCGAACCCUGACGUCAGGAUGAAAAGCCUCUGAAACUUCAUCAUCUUGUCGACACAUUGGCAGUUUGUUGGAACUCUGGGAUUUUGACUCGACCAUGAGUGUGAAGAGGAGGAAGGCUGGUCUGGUGAUCAGCUGGAACAAGUCCUUGUCCAUCCUGACUCCGUGGAGAAAAGGUAAAUCUGACACGGUUCUGGACAGUGAGGUGGUUCUGACCAAACUGAAACUAUUCAGUACGUUUCAUGAGCGGCUGCUGAUUUCCGAUGACUCUGUGUCCACCAUCUCGACUGUUUCUGAGCAAGACCUCAACAAACCCUCUGAGGUCCACCCUACCCCUAACCCUCAGGUGGAGUCUGGAUCAGACUACUUGUCCUCCAUCUUCUCGGACUCUCAGCUGCCCAGAUUGUAUAAAUUUGAGUCGGAGGAUUCUGGAGUGGAGCUGCCCAGCGGAGCCAACUCUCCAUCCACACCCACCGGGUCUGAGCAGAGCUUCGUGGUCCACAGCCGAGAGUCCUCCUGCGACUCAGCAAACCUGAACUCAGAGUCUACAGGUCUGACAGAACCACUACAGACCCAUGAACAGGGCUGUGAGAGUGAACCGGUAGAAGGCUCAGUGGAUACAACAGAACUCGGACCUGGAGAAGAACUCAGAGACUCUUAUUCUGAAGACGAUGUGGACAAGUGUGGAACUUCAGAUAAUAAACCUGGAGGAGAUGAGCAGAUGUGUGAGGAGCCUGUAGAAGCCAUCCAAUCAGACAGCAGUAGGCGUCGGUCCACAGUAAACACCCCAGAGGGAGGUCUGAGGAGGAGGUCCACCAGCGACAGCCUGGACCACUACAUGGACGAGUGCUGCAGACUCAGUGAGGCCCAGGAGACCAGUUCCCAGAAUCCUCUGGGAUCAGGGCUGGGUUAUCUGGAACACAUCUGCCAGCUCCUGGAGAAGAUCGGACAGCUUCAGGAGACCAACCUACAACUGCAGAGACAGAUCUGUGGUCUGCAGAAGGACGGCAGGGUGACCAAGACCAAGGAGGACUUUUUCCAGCAGCACUGCAGCUGUGGAGCAGCAGGUCUGGCUUUUCAGGACAUUCACAAUAGACAGUCCACAAGUGAGUGUCUGUCUCCACCUGGGACUCUGUCUGACCUGUCCACCAUCCCUGAGGUCAGCUGCCACCCGCUCAUGUCAGCCACCACGGAUCUGAACGGUGAGGGCUUCAAACCCAUUCCUGUUUGGAGGAGAGGCCUGAACAGAAGGAGUUACACCGAGGGGGAGGUUCGGUUCCUGGGCUCCAGCACCGAGGGGCUCUGCAUCCCCCAGCGCAGGUUGAGCGAGAACUACUCGUGGGGUCGAGUCAAAGAUCUGGUGAAGAGAUCGAAGCUGAGGAACCAGAGCAGACUGGAAAUGAGCUCCAGUUCUCUGAAGAUGUCCUGCCCACAGCUGUACAGACCUGACCUGGGACCAGUGGAACCUGCAGUACGAAACAGGAACUCCAUGAUCGCACUGGGACACCACAGCAAACUGGACUUCAGCUGGUUACAGUAAACACUCAGAUCAGAUAAAAUAAGUCACAUGAGAAGAAUCCAGGAGCUUCCACAAAGAUUCACAGAG